CAAUUUGCGCGAACUGUUCAAAGUAGUUAUUCUAAAGACUUUUUUAAAACUGACAUUUGUUUCUACCUCGAUGGGGUGAGUUUUUAUCAUAAAAGCAAUCCUAUGAAUGAUGCAAGAGCUCCUCACGGGAAGGUUUGGCGUAAGUGAAAUGAAGGACUCACAUAUACUGCGAAGGGUUCUCAUGUGGACUCAGGGGGGAGAGUUGUAAAAAUGAUUGUAGCUAUAUUAUACGGAAAGGGUGUUAUUUAUUGCGAACAGUAUAAUAAGCUGGAUGGCAAUUUUGUGGCGGAUUUUGUGCGAAGAAAUUUC